GGCGUGCUGUCGCACGUCACCUCUGCAGGAUCAAUCAAGAAUCAAGUAUGGCGGCUUCCAGUGUUUUCAGGCCAGGCUUGUUCAACAACAAAGUUGCAAUAGUAACGGGAGGAGGCACCGGUAUCGGUAAAGCUAUCUCUGCAGAGCUGCUGGAGCUGGGCUGUAGUGUGGUGAUCUCAAGUAGAAAAGCUGAGAGGCUGGAAGCAGCAGCUCAGGAGAUGAGGCAAAAAAUCCCUCCCUCCAACCCUGCACGUGUCACUCCCCUACCGUGCAACAUCCGCAACGAGGAUGAGGUGAAGGCUCUGGUGUCCUCAGUGCUGAAGCAGUACGGACGGAUAGACUUUCUGGUGAACAACGGUGGAGGUCAGUUCAGCAGCCCAGCAGAGCACAUGUCCUCCAAAGGCUGGAAGGCUGUGAUAGACACCAACCUGACUGGAACCUUUCACUGCUGUCAGGAAGUCUACACUGCAUGGAUGAAACAGCAUGGAGGUGUUAUCGUCAACAUCAUCGCUGACAUGUGGAAGGGCUUCCCAGGCAUGGCCCACACAGGAGCAGCGAGGGCAGCGGUGGAUAACUUAACGAAGAGUCUGGCCAUCGAGUGGGCACACUCAGGAGUCAGAGUCAACGCUGUGGCACCUGGUACAAUAUUUUCCAAAACAGCGAUGGAGAACUACAAAGAGCUCGGACCAAACCUUUUCAAGAUGUCUGUUCCAUUUAGCCCUGCAAAGAGACUGGGAGUACCAGAAGAGAUCUCAUCAGCAGUGUGUUUCUUGCUCUCCCCUGCUGCCUCCUACAUCUCUGGAGCCACACUGAGGGUUGAUGCAGGACAGAGUCUGUACCACUCCAUGUGGGAGAUACCCAACCACAGUGCAUGGCCUGAGGCUCCAGAGGGGGAGAACCUGGAUGCUCUGAAGGACCUGCUCAACCCAAAGAGCAAACUCUAAUGCAGUCCUGUGACACAGUCUGAGUCUAAUGCAUCAACACACAUUUAGUCAGUGAGCUUCAUGGAUUUGAGCUCUACAGAUUAAACACAACGGUGACCUGGUUAUAAGAUGGUUGGAUGUAUUAUGCCACUCAUGUACAUAAUUGUAUGUAAUUGAUAACGAUAUGAGUGUAUGAUUAGUUUCCUUAAAGAUGUAUGAAACUG